AUGCAAGCACUUCCACAGCGGCUAAAGAAGAUUGAUCUACCACUACUUCAUCGCCCGCAGCGCUCAGCUGCGACAAGUUCAUUUCCCGAUGCCGAGGGAGAGGAUGCCGCUGCUCCAUAUGGUGCGCUGUCCAAUUCAAAACGACCGAGCUGGUCCAGUGCAAAUGAAGAGGCUGUAACGGCGCAGCGACAGGAUGCGAACUUGGCUCUGGCGCUAGCCUUAUUGAACGAAUCACGCAAGGGAUCUUCUUCGCGAUGGUUUGGCUAUCUACAGUCAUUACCUGACCAAGAACCGCCGCUCGCCAUAUUUUGGCACGAUCACCCUGAAGGCGCGGCUGCCUUGCGUUGUAUCAGAGGAACCCAACUGGACCGUCGACUGAGGUCCCGUGGUACUGAGGCUCAACUAACAUCCAUCCGGCAGUAUUACGAGACUUUUAUCAGGGAUACCUAUCAAGCCACUUGGCGGGAGUUUCGACGUGCAUAUGUGCUCGUGAGCUCUCGCGCGUUUUGGGUGGACAUCUAUCACGGGUUGGCACUCGUACCAGUAGCAGACGCAUUUAACCACACAGAAGAGAACCAUGUUCAUCUCGAGACUGAUUGGUACGUCUGUGCGACUUGUGGUUCGCUAGACUCGUGCAAACAUGAUGAAGACGAGACGGAACCGGAAAUUUCCUCGCGAUCGAGGACGUCGACGGCCGCACGGAUCGAGCACACAUAUGACAUGGUGGCGGAGCGAGCCAUUGCAGCCGGCGAGGAAGUCUUUAACACGUACGACUCCCACGGUAUCAGCAAUGUUGAGCUUCUUUACCGAUAUGGGUUCAUGCUCGAUGGAAACGCGCGAGACGCCGUGGAGUUUGACGAAAACGAAUUGUCUGCAGUUUUCGUCUGGAGGAAAUCACUUGGCUAUGACAAAAAAGAAGGUGAUAUGCGGAGAGAUAAGCAGAUGGAACGAUUUGGCCAGCAAGCCAGGAUCGCCACCACACAUUCGCCUGCACCUGCAGUGCUACUUCUACCCUCAACCUCUGAACGACCUACCAGUACCUCGCACCAUCACUCUAAACGCUUAGCAGGCGAGUCAUCAUCGCCACCAUCACCACGCGUUUGUGGGCCAUCGGUCGCACCUCGACCAACACCUCGACGAGUGGAUGUAGUCAUUGAUGCGGUGCGAGCGUUGUUCAAGGAUGCCGAUCUCGUGCAACGGCAAUCCAACCCUCCAUCCAACCUCUGCUCGUCUUCGACACCGUCUACCCAGCUCGAUCCAGCCAGGCGUCUCGACAUGCCUAAUCCAUAUGAGGACUGGUGGGGAGAAAAGGGAGUGAAUUUAGGGAGGGCGACAAGUCGGGAUACGUGGCCUAGAGCUGCGCGUACGUCUACCGUUGGAGCCGGGCCCGCAGGUGUAUUUAGAGAUGAAAUUACUGGGGAUCGUCUUCCUGUGCUUCCGUCCAUAGCUACUAUCCUCCCCGAGCCCGACGCGGACGGUGGGCCUCGCAGUCACGACGGAGUGAUCGGGAACGAAAGUGCGCAAGAAGAAGGAUUCUCGUAUGCGAUAGACGCGGAUGGUCUGGCUUCGCAUAGGUUGUGGACCCGCCUCGUCGUGGAAGCGGUUUGCAUCUUGGAUUGGACAGGGUCACCAGAAGGUAUCUCUCACCACCCUCUAUCGACCAAUCUUUUGCAUGAGAGUCACUAUGAUACGCCACAGGGUAUGGGUGGCGAGACUGGUCUAGGUCCGAGAUCGCACCAGGGUCGGAAAGCGUCGAAAGAAGAACAGCAAGCUCGGGUACUGGAUGCAUCCAAACAGGGUUUUGAAGAGACCCUGUCGAAUGUAGGAUUCGCGUUCGGAGAUGGACUGCCGGCGACGGUGAGAACCAGGGUCCGCGAGGAAGACGAAGGAGGUUUGGAUGGGAAUCGUCCAACUAAGAAACGACAUACUGCUUCGGCUGAUUCGUGCCAUUACCAACCCCUUCCGACGCACACGGUGCGCGACGAGAACCAGGUCGGGAAGCGGGAGGAUGUCAUAAAUGGAAACAACAACCGAGGUCGCGAAGACGAGGACCGAGAAAGUGACUAUCAACUGCUCAAAGUGGAAGAGAGUUACCAAGACAUGGCGAGACUGGUAGGCGAGAUGAUGCUCGAGCUUUGCACACGUCGCCUGGACUCGAUGGCGGACGAAGACGAACUGGAAAUACGUUUAUCAAGAGUCUGUAUGUCGGGUACUAUGGCGCUAGCAACGUCCUAUGUCCGCAACGAGCGGGCGAUAUUAUUAGCGUGCAAAGCUCGGUGGCAGGCUUUCGUGUCUGACGAAGAAGAUGCUUUGAGCGAACUAGGGGUUCCAUCAGAUGGCCUCUGA